CUCCCCGCAGGUGGUUGCGGCGCCGAAUACUUUUGGAGCACAAAGAACCUUCCCACUUUUCAUCUCUCGUCCCAUCUUCUGGCAUCGAAAUUCCUUCUUUGGGCGCAAAGCUGCUGCGGAUCGGUCAAUCAUCGAAUUGAGCUGCUGAGCCGUCUUCGUCAAUGGCGCUUGGACGCCUCCUUCAAAGGGCUUCGAUCAACCAGAUUUCCGGCAGGAUUUUUCCUGCUUUUGAAAGAUCUUUCUCCGCUGCUGCUUCCCCCAGCGAACCCAUCCGUGCCACUCUCUUCCCCGGUGAUGGAAUUGGGCCUGAGAUCGCAGAAUCUGUUAAGCAUGUGUUCAAUGCAGCACAAGUUCCAAUAGAAUGGGAGGAACAUUUUGUGGGUGACAAGGUCGAUCCUAGAACAGAGAGCUUUUUAACAUGGGAAAGUCUGGAAUCAGUGCGAAGAAACGGCGUUGGCUUGAAAGGCCCUAUGGCUACUCCCAUUGGAAAGGGUCACCGGUCACUGAACCUUACCUUGAGGAAAGAACUUGGUCUCUAUGCCAAUGUUAGACCUUGCUACAGCCUUCCUGGCUAUAAAACUCGAUAUGAUGAUGUAAAUCUUGUGACAAUUCGUGAAAAUACAGAAGGAGAGUAUAGUGGCCUUGAACACCAGGUGGUGAGAGGUGUUGUAGAAAGUCUGAAGAUCAUUACUCGUCAAGCAAGUUUAAGGGUCGCAGAAUAUGCUUUCCAUUAUGCCAAAGCAAAUGGCCGCCAGCGAGUGUCUGCCAUACACAAGGCCAACAUCAUGAGGAAGACUGAUGGUCUUUUUCUGAAGUGUUGCCGUGAGGUUGCAGAGAAGUACCCUGAGAUAACUUACGAGGAAGUCAUCAUUGACAACUGUUGUAUGAUGCUUGUGAAAAAUCCUACUCUCUUCGAUGUACUGGUGAUGCCCAAUCUCUAUGGAGAUAUAAUCAGUGACCUUUGUGCAGGACUGAUUGGAGGGCUGGGCUUAACUCCUAGUUGCAACAUUGGUGAAGGUGGCAUUGCUCUAGCAGAAGCCGUACAUGGGUCAGCCCCUGAUAUAGCUGGAAAGAAUCUUGCAAACCCCACUGCUCUCCUGCUGAGUUCCGUUAUGAUGUUGCGCCACUUGAGGCUUACUGACAAAUCUGACCAAAUCCACAAUGCUAUACUUAAUACCAUUUCAGAAGGAAAGUAUCGAACGGUUGAUCUUGGUGGGAAUUCGUCAACUACAGAUUUUACAAAGGCAGUAUGCGAUCAUCUUUAGAAAGUUUGUGGCAGCACACCCCGAUAACUGGUAUACAUAGUAAUUGCUAGUUUGAGUCGGUUGUAGAUUGCCCACACUAGUAUAUUAAGUUGCAAUCACAUGAAUAA